AUGUUGAACUCACUGUUCCCGCUCGCCGUGUUGGCGACUGCGGUCACAGCCAAGCAUUCCUCAACGGCUGACAACGUUUCUGCAUGCUGUAGCAAGCUCAGCGAGACCUACCCGGACCAACUCGUCUACGCUGGCGAGGACCGGUUCGAAGACUGGAACGACCGCUGGGCUGCUUCCGCGGAGCUCCCUGCGUCCUGCAUCUUCCGCCCUCUUACCGCGGAUGACGUCUCCUUUGCGAUCAAGACCGUGGCCAAGGGUGCUGGGAAGGGAAAUGGCGGGAAGGGACAUGGAUGCCAUGACUUUUGUCCAUUCUCCAUCAAGGGCGGUGGCCACACGCCGUGGCCUGGUGCAAACAACGUGGACAGAUCGGAAGAGCGUCGUGCGGGGAGGGAAAGA